UGACUCAAUCGACUCACUCUAACCUAACACAAUGGGUUAGGUGAAAGAGUGUGCAAAAAUUUAUAAAAUAUUCUUGGUUUACAUUCAAAACUUGUAACAAAAAAAUCCAAUAAGAAAGACUCAUAGAAAAAUACGAUAUCGAGAGAGUGAUAGUUACAAACAUAAAAAUGGCGCAACCGCCACCUGAUCAGAAUUUCUAUCAUCCACACCCGCAUCCACAUGCGCAUCCUCAUCCCCAUCCACAGUUGCAGUUGCCACCACAAUUUCGGAAUCCAUUUGAUUUGCUAUUUGACGAACGUACUGGUGCAAUCAACUACAACUAUAUACGUCCAUACAUUCCUAACCAACUUCCCAAACCAGAUGAUCUCUCCGAUUCACUGGUUAUGCGUCGUCCACGACGCACCCGUACAACAUUUACCAGUGCUCAGAUUGCCGAAUUGGAACAACAUUUCCUUCAAGGCCGAUAUCUGACAUCAUCACGGCUGGCUGAACUUUCAGCGAAGCUAACUUUGGGUACAGCUCAGGUCAAGAUUUGGUUCAAAAAUCGCAGACGACGUCACAAAAUUCAAUCGGAUCAACAGAAGGAAUUUUCAUGUGACGGUAUGCCCCUGUCACCAUCACUUUCGACUACAAUCAAAUCGGAGCCCCAGGGUAGUGCCAGCAGCUGUGGCAGUAACAAUAGCAACGGUUCGACAUCUUCCUCCUCUUCGUCAGGUGGACCGCCCAGCUUACAGUCGUUGAGUAUAAACGGUAAUGGCGGCUCAACACCUAACCCAUUGACACCAUCACCGACGCCCACCACACCCACAACAAAUCUCAUGGAUCAUUACAGCGAGCCAGCGUUCAAUCCCUACUAUUACAAUAAUCAUCAUUCGACGCACCAUCAUCAUCACCAGCCACCACAUCAUGCCACUCUCACUCAUCCAUAUGGUUGUAGUGCAGGUGCUACCGGGGGCCAGUAUUAUCCCCCACCACCACCACCCUCAAGCCUGCAGCACCAUCACAGCCAACAUCAACAACAAUAUCACAGUCCGCAUCCCCAUCAAUUUCAGAUGGAACAUAAACCUCAUGCCGCGGUCAUCAAAGAAGAUCCGGAUUAUAAUUUCAACAACCCGUACUACAUGCGCAUGCCACCCACAGCGGGGAGUAAUCCUUCGGGUGUGACCACAGUGGAGCCAUCUAGUGCAAUGUCACCGAACUCAGAAGUCUAUGAACCGUUGACACCAAAAAAUGACGAUAAUUCUAGUCUGUGCAAUGGCGCCGGCGGCAAUGUCGAUGUUGGUGAUAAUUUAGAUGAAACCAAGGCCAAAUUACGGGUGAUUGUGUCCAGCAAUGCCAACCGAACUGACGAUACUUGCAGCAAUACCAAUGCAAUUGGAAAUGAGGGUUCUGGCACACCGGCCAUCAACAUCAUGGAAGAUUGUACGGGUGCAUUUGCCAAAUACCAAAAGAUGACAACCGCUGAUCCGAAUGAUCCGAACUAUCAGUGUACGAUGGAUACGAUAAUGCACGCGUAUAACAAUCAUCGUAAUACAUCGGCCAACAAUCAACAAUUCGCCUAUUGUUUCAAUUGAUCGGAAGAUCGAUGCGAGUGAAUGUUCGCCAAUAAUUGGCGACCAACUGGCUGGCUGUGAUGUACACAAAAAACGAAAGAAAGAAACAAAGAAAGAGAAUGCAAAUUCAACCAAAAAAAUUAUAGAAUAAAAUAAAACCCCCCUUUAUCCGUUGUUCCUUGAUUGUAUAAAGAUUCAAAUUAUAAAAUUGUUAUAUAGAAUUUUUUCUUGUUAAUUUCAUUUAUUUGUCUAGACUUAAGUAUAGUUUUGAUUUUAAGUUAAAAAUUUAAGAUUUAUAUUAAGUAUAUGUCACUUGAAAAAAGUAAUCUCGAAAAUUAUGCAUUUUGUUUAGGAUAAUAAUCGCAAUUUUCUAUGAUAUCCAUUAUUUGUGUAUGUGUGUAUUUAGGUUAAGUUUUAUUCUAAGUCUUAUAAAAUAUUUUAAGUUUUAUUUGAAUAACUUCUCUAAUUUCGAUUCGUUAUUCAUUCGGCAUAGCUGCAAAUUCUAGAGCCCAUGAAUUUGCACCGCUGCCCAUAAUGAAUACAUGGGCUCGAACGUAAAUUACAGAAGUUGUCGAUAUUCUAAGUUUCUAAGCUAAGUUUUUUCGAAAAAUACUUUCUUUGAAUUACAGGCGACUACUGCCACCUGCCUGCGAUUGCCAAUUUUUGUGAUAGAGAAAUGCUCUGAAACUGCAAAUUCACCAUAAAGUGUAAAAUGUGGCUCAUAGUAAAAACGAAUAUUUCGCUGCCAACAACGGCUUGGUUUUUAACUACACAGAGCCAACAUUUGGACAACAAAUAUUCAAUUCACUAACUGAGUAUUUUUCAAAAGAGAGACAUUUCUGGGGCAUCUGUUUGCGGUCCAUGAAAUGGCCCAAAAGAGGCAAAAUGAAUUCUUUUGUUCCUGGCAAUUGCAUUUGUCUGCUACAGCCCGAAAUGUGCAGAAAAUGGAGAUUGUUUGGAGCCAGAGAAGAACUCAAACUUUGCCUUCUUUAGAGAUGUUUUAUUAUUAGUUUGGCGGCACGCCCAGGAGAAUGGGUAAUUCAAAGAGAUAUAUUUUUCGCUUCGAUUAUUUUUCUAAACAAAAUGCUUAUCGAAAUUGGCUUUUUUUCCCAGUGUCAUUAAAAAUUCUCUUUGUUCUGUCCUUCUUUGUCAAUAUCUGUAACUUUUCCACAAACCUUGUUCUAUUAUUAUUCCUUUUCCUUCCAUUUCGAACAAAUUUAAAUUAAAUUGUAACUCUUAGUUUAUGUUUUUAAUAAAGUUUAUCCUGUCUAACUA